AUUUUGGAUAUUGAGGCAGAGAAAGAACCAUGUGACAAUAUAUCUUCUGAAGUAUCUGAAUUAGAGCAAGAUGAUGAAAAUGAUGAGGUUGAUGCCAUUCAAAUUGUAGAACAAGGUCUAAUGCAAGAAUUGUCCCAGAAUACACCUGGCGUUGAAAUUAAUGAGCCAUAUAUUCAAAAAUUCGAUAACUUGGUCCCAG